UGGCUGGGAAUUCUGACUGGGACUUAUAUAUCCCUAGCGAUGACCACGAUGACCACAAUGGCCACGAGGAUACCCGAGGAUGAAAAUCCCCUCAACGGGUAUGAAAUUCACCUGAAACAACUGCUGCAGCGAAUUCUAUGGGCCGCCAAUGUGAAGAAAUGCUUUGGCGUCAUCACAGAUGAUCUACAUUAUGGCAUCUAUGAUCGGGUAUUUUUCGAAUCGGUGGGUCGUCAAGUGGUUCCCUUCUUCGUGAUGCGUGUUAAUGCCAGUGCUGAUCUCCAGAGACCAUCCAAACAAGUUGAGCUCUUCGUGCAGGCCCUUAAAUCCAGCGAUUGUGAACUAAAUCUGAUCACCAUACUCAACGGCUGGCAGGUCCAGCGAUUUCUUAGAUAUAUUUACGACAGCAGAGCCUUAGAUAUGCAGAAAAAGUUCAUCCUGCUGCACGAUUCAAGACUUUUCGAGCGGGAUAUGAUCCAUCUGUGGAGUGUUUUUGUCGGCACAGUGUUCCUCAAAAGGCAGUUGGACAACAAAUUUACCAUCUCUACUGUUGCCUUUUCAGGCAUUUUGAGUGGCGUCCUGGUUUGGAAGAACAUCGCCAAUUGGGAAGCGGGAAAAAGUGUGAAUGGAAAGGUUUUGUUUGCGGACAAGACCAGUAAUUUAAAUGGAGCCUCGAUACCAGUGGCCAUUUCCGAGCACGUGCCCAUGGUUCUGUGGGCGAAUACGACAAACAGCUUCCAAGGAGUUGAAGUGGAGAUUAUGAAUGCCCUGGGCAAGGCGUUGAACUUCAAACCCGUCUACUACAGGCCCAACCAAAGUGAAAAUAUGGACUGGGAGCUGGAAAGUGGCUAUGGAGGUGGUAAUCCGGAUGGAUACGGGCAGAAUGAAAGCCACAUUGACUCAAUGCUUGUCGAGGAGGUGGCUGCGCACAGUGCCCGUUUUGCCAUUGGAGAUUUGCAUCAGUUCCAGGUGUAUCUGCAGCUAGUGGAGCUAAGUUUGCCGCACAACUUCGAGUGCCUGACAUUUCUCACACCGGAAUCCUCGACGGACAACUCCUGGCAGACCUUUAUCCUGCCCUUUAGCGGCGGCAUGUGGGCUGGCGUUCUACUCUCCCUUUUUGUAGUGGGCACUGUGUUCUAUGCCAUUAGUUUCUUGAAUGCCAUUAUCAACAGGAAUGUAUCCUCGGGAUUCUUUCGCUGUCUUAGACAAAAUCGUGGUAUUAUGAUAGACCCGAAAACCUAUCGUCGAAUUAGCUUCCGCAUUGCCAUUAGUCGCCAUCGUCCUGCCAAGGAAUCGCGAAGUCCUCGUGAUCUUUUCGACGACUACACCAACUGCAUCCUGCUCACGUACAGCAUGCUCCUAUAUGUGGCCCUACCUCGAAUGCCCCGAAAUUGGCCUCUGAGGGUGCUGACUGGAUGGUACUGGAUCUACUGCAUCCUCUUGGUGGCUACCUAUAGGGCCAGCUUUACAGCCAUUUUGGCCAAUCCGGCAGCUAGAAUUACUAUUGACACUCUGGAGGAUCUGCUGGCCUCACACAUUCCACCCUCGGCUGGUGUGACCGAAAAUAGGCAGUUUUUCUUAGAUGCCACUGAUGAAAUCGCUCGAAAGGUGGGCGAAAAGAUGGAGGUGACUGGACACACCGAUGAUUUGACCACUCGAAUAUCUAAAGGUCAAUGUGCUUACUAUGACAACGAGUUCUAUUUGCGAUAUCUACGAGUAGCAGACAAUACUGGAUCCGGAAUCGGAUCUUCUCUACAUAUAAUGAAGGAAUGUGUUGUCUAUAUGCCCGUGGUGCUGGCCAUGGAGAAGAACUCGGCCCUGAAACAGCGGGUUGAUAACUCCAUUCAAUAUAUGACAGAGGGUGGUCUUAUAUCUAAGUGGCUGAAGGACGCCAUUCAGCAUCUGCCGGCGGAGGCUCCUGCUCAACAGGAGGCUCUAAUGAACAUACAGAAAUUCUGGAGCUCCUUUGUGGCCCUGGGCAUUGGCUAUGUGAUCUCUAUUUUAACACUUCUCGCCGAACGCUGGCACUUUAAGCACAUCAUCAUGAAGCAUCCAAUGUAUGAUGUGUAUAACCCAGGUUUAUAUUAUAACUUUAAAAGGAUCUAUCCGGAGCAAUAA